AGAAUCUUCAGGGAAUUCUACAGAAAAACCUUCUUAUUGCCUAAUUAACAGCUAAUUUAUUCAUUUGCAUAAUGGACAAAGACGGGCUUCUGCUUAGAAUGGGACUGAAUGAUAACAAAGCAGGAAUGGAAGGAUUAGAUAAACAGAAAAUAAAUAAAAUUAUCAUGGAAGCCAGUAAGGGAUCUAGAUUUUAUGAAAAUGAGCUCAAAAAGGAAAAACAAGUAAACCAACGAAUUGAAAAUAUGCUGCAGCAAAAAUCUCAAAUUACCACAAAGCAGCUCUGGAAAGCACAAUUACAGGUUGACAAAUUUGCAAUGGAAUUGGAACAUAGCCGUGACCUGCACUGUACAAUUAUACACAUUGACAUGGAUGCUUUUUAUGCAGCUGUGGAAAUGAGAGACAAUCCAGAACUGAGGGAUAAACCUAUUGCAGUAGGAUCAAUGAGUAUGCUGUCUACUUCAAAUUAUCAUGCAAGAAGGUUUGGAGUACGGGCAGCUAUGCCUGGAUUUAUUGCCAAGAGACUCUGCCCACAAUUAACCAUAGUGGCCCCAAAUUUUGACAAAUAUCGAAAAGUGAGCAAAGAGGUUAGGGAAAUUCUUGCUGAUUAUGACCCCAAUUUUAUGGCUAUGAGCCUUGAUGAAGCCUACCUGAAUAUAACAAAGCACUUAGAGGAAAGACAAAACUGGCCUGAGGAUAAAAGAAGAUAUUUCAUUAAAACAGGAAACCCUACAGAAAAUGAUAAAACAGAAGCUGUUGGAUCAAGGGCAUCAGAGUUAAAUGAAGCUACCUUAUCCAUCUCUCCUUUGCUCUUUGAAGAUAGCCCCCCUCAGCUACAGAAACCAGAGCCAGAAAUUCCUUCCCAGGCACAUUUUGAAGAACAGAGAGAUCCUCAAGGCCUCCAAAAUUCAGUUAUUUUUGGAACUUCUGCUGAGGAAGUAGUAAAGGAAAUUAGGUUUAGAAUCAAACAAAAAACAUCGCUGACAGCCAGCGCAGGCAUUGCUCCAAAUACAGUGUUGGCAAAAGUGUGCAGUGAUAAAAAUAAACCAAAUGGACAAUACCAAAUUCCCCCUACCAGACAAGCUGUGAUGGACUUCAUCAAGGAUUUACCCAUUAGAAAGGUUCCAGGAAUAGGGAAAGUAACAGAGAAAAUGUUAAAAGCACUUGGAAUUAUCACUUGCUCAGACCUUUACCAGAAGAGGGCCCUACUUUCUCUUCUUUUUUCUGAAACGUCUUGGCAUAGCUUCCUUCAUAUUUCCCUUGGUCUGGGUUCAACACAAAUGGAAAGGGAUGGAGAGAGGAAAAGUAUGAGCAUUGAAAGAACAUUCACUGAGAUAAGUAAAGCAGAAGAACUGUAUAGCUUGUGCCAAGAACUUUGUAGUGAUUUAGCUCAGGAUCUACAAAAAGAAGGACUUAAGGGCAAAACAGUUACUAUUAAGCUGAAGAAUGUAAAUUUUGAAGUGAAAACCCGAGCAUCUACCGUAGCAGCUGUUGUUUCUACUGCAGAAGAAAUAUUUGCUAUUGCUAAGGAACUGCUAAAAGCAGAAAUUGAUGCUGAUUAUCCACGGCCCUUAAGACUAAGACUUAUGGGUGUACGGAUAUCAGGCUUUGCCAAUGAAGAAGACCCAAAGAACCGACAAAGAAGCAUAAUUGGCUUCUUAAAAACUGGAGGCCACACCCUAGAUACAAUUGGGUCUGUGCUGGAGAAAAAUGACCAAGAUCAAGUUGUAAAGCCUCCUGAAGCAUCUCACAAGGAGAGUUUCUUCACUAAAAAGCGGUCAGAAAUGAGUUUGAACCACCAAGUCACCUUUAAAUGUGAGCCUGAGACUAAACAAGACUUUCAAGUUUCACAGCCACCUAGUCUUUCAAAGGAAGAAAUAAAUGAAAAUUUAGCAACAUCAGAAAAUGUAGAUGAAUGUCAGGUCUUUACCUGUCCUAUUUGUUUUAUGGAACAAGAAAAGAUCUGCCUGGAAGCACUUAACAGACAUGUGGAUGAAUGUCUCAGUAGGACUCUGAUAGACUGUGAUCCCAAAAUGGUUGCUGUCCCACAAUCUCAGUCUCUUUGUUCAGAAGUAAAUCCAGAUUUAAAAACCCAGAAGACUACAGAAAGCCCUUUAGUAGAUUUUGUGCCUUCUAUAAGUGUAGAUGUGCUUUCUAAAGGACAUCAUACAGCAGCUUUAAGCACAAUAGCAGGGAAUGAACAAAACCAAAAACAGUACUCUAACCUUUGGAGCAGCUCUCAUCUUGAUGAAUAUUUUUAUCAGAAUCCUCCCCAUGAAAAUGAAGAAUCUGAUGGCACAUCUUCAGGUGGACGAAAAGCCCUCCAGACCAAUUUGUCACGAGAUAAAUAUACAUUGGUGUGUCCCGUUUGUAACUUAGAGCAAGAGACUUCUGAUCUGAUGCUGUUCAAUAGUCAUGUGGAUAUUUGCUUAAAUAAAGGCCUUAUCAAGGAACUAAGGGAGGACAAUGUUAAUCUAGUUAUGAGUUGCCCAACAGAAAGUUAUAAAAGUACUGUAGGGAGCUCUGACAAAAUGCCGAGGACUACGAAUAACAUGGCAAAAACGAAAAGGCCAGGAUUGAUGACCCAUAAUUCAACAUCAAAGAAAACCAAACCAAACAAUUCCAAAUACACCAUCGAUACCUUCUUUAAAUGA